AUGAGUAACGACAAAACCGUGGUCACAGAAAUCAAUAUAACUGCCAGCAGCGAUUACAGUCUCCAGUGGAAUCGAUGGGCGAUGAAAAGCAUAGGCACAUGGCCACAGUUCUCGUCGAACCUCGAGAGAAACAUCUCUCGAAUAUUAAACGUGAUCUGCUACACCGCAAUACUAUUCUCGAUAAUCCCUUGUUCGUUGCACCUAAUGCUGGAAAAAGGGACUUUCUACACGAAAGUGAAAAUACUCGGUUCGUUGAGCCACUGGGUGUUCUGUAUCAUCAGUUACACCAUGCUGUUGCUGCGACGUAAAACCAUACGUCACUUUUUCAAUCAUAUGGAGACCGAUUGGAGAACGACGACGAGAAAGGAGAAGAAAGAAGUCAUGUUGAAGUACGCGAAAUUUAGUCGAUACGCGGCGAUUUCUUGUACGAUCUUCAUACACGGUGGUAUACUUGGAUAUUGUGUUAUGACAGCGUCCACCACGAUGGUUGUCGUGGUUGGAAACAAGACUACGAUCUUGCGCGUGCUGCCCUUACCAAUGUACAAAGGGCUCCUUCCAGUCGAUACGAAUACUAUGAACGACAUCGUUGUUUUGUCACAAUUUCUCUCCGGAUUUAUAGCGAACAACAGUGCGAUCAGUGUUAUAAGCCUUACAAGUGCUCUAACAUCACACGCGUCUGGCCAGUUGAGCGUGGUUAUGUUGUCGAUCGAAGAUUUUGUGAGUGAAGCGAGACGCAGAGGGAAGGACGAUCAUUUCGACGAAAUACCGACAAUCGUGGAGGAACAUUUGAGAGUGUUGAACUUCAUAUCGCGCAUAGAGGCAAUGAUGAACAAAGCGUGUUUCCUGGAGUUAAUGAGGUGCAUGAUAGCUGUAUGCGCACUUGGAUAUUAUAUAUUCAUGGUAGAUGAAUGGGCAGAGAGCGAUGCUAAAAUCUUAAUCACGUACUUUGUAGCACUCGUUGCUAUUGUUUCUAAUACAUUUAUACUCUGUUAUAUCAGCGAAAGGCUGACAGAACAGUGCUUGAAAGUUGGUGAAGUGGUUUACAUGACAGAUUGGUAUUAUCUGCCACAGAGAAGAAUCCUCGAUUUAAUUCUGAUCAUUAAACGAUCGAACGUGGUCGUUAAAGUCACCGCUGGAAAAGUAUUACAUAUGUCGCUUUACACGUUCGGCGAUGUAGUAAAAACAGGAUUCGCCUACAUGAAUAUGCUUUGUCAAAUGUCCUGA